AUGGACGUCGCUCUCGCGGAUGAGGUCGAGCGGCGUCGCAAUCUUGCAAUCAUCAGCCAUCCCGACGCGGGCAAGACCACGCUGACGGAAAAGCUCCUGCUGUACGGUGGCGCAAUCUCGCAGGCCGGUGCUGUCAAGGCCAAGGGCGAGCAGCGGAGGGCCACCUCUGACUUCAUGGAGCUGGAGCAGCAGCGAGGCAUCUCCAUCUCGAGCACGGUGCUCUCGUACGAGUACGACGGCAAGCAGGUCAACGUGCUCGACACGCCGGGCCACCAGGACUUUUCAGAGGACACGUACCGCACGCUCGCUGCGGCGGACAAUGCCGUGAUGCUGGUCGACGCCGCCAAGGGGCUCGAGCCCCAGACGCGCAAGCUGUUCGAGGUUGCGCGGCUGCGCCGGCUUCCGCUCUUCACGUUUGUCAACAAGCUGGACCGGCCGAGCCUCUCGCCAUACGAGCUCAUCGACCAGAUCGAGGCCGAGUUUGGCAUUUCGUGCUGCCCGCUGCUCUGGCCGGUCGGCUCGGGAGACCGGUUCCGCGGCGUGCUCGAGCGCGGCGCGAGGAGGGUGCACCUCUUCGCGCGCGGCGAGCGAGGCAAGAAGGCGGAGGAGGCCGCCGUCGUGUCGCUCGACGACGACCGCCUCGAGGCGCUGAUCGGCGACGGCGAGCUGUACGCGCAGCUGAUCGACGACGUCGAGAUGCUGGACGGCCUGACCGAUCCGCUCGACCUGGACCGGCUGAAGCGAGGCGAGCAGACUCCGGUGCUGUUUGGGUCCGCCAUGACAAACUUUGGCGCGCAGCGCAGCUGGAGGGGCGGUGCUGUGCCGAGGCGCCGCCCCACGCCUCUCCUUGCUGCUGGCGCAGGCGACGAGGAGACCGUCGAGCCGACGAGCGAGGACUUCUCCGGCUUCGUCUUCAAGCUGCAGGCAAACACCGACCCAAAGCACCGCGACCGGAUCGCAUACGUGCGCGUCUGCUCGGGCCGCUUCGAGAAGGGCCUCAAGGUGAAGCACUCGCGCCUGCGCGGGCAGCAGCUCACCCUCGCGCAGGCGCAGACGCUGCUCGGCGCGGAGCGGUCCACGCUCGACGGGACCUCCUACCCUGGCGACGUGGUCGGCAUACCCUUCUCGCCCGGCCAGAUGGCCAUCGGCGACACGCUCUACACCGGCUCGCGCCGCAUCUCCUUCGCGAAGAUCCCCUCCUUCUCGCCCGAGAUCUUUGCGCGCUGCAUCAACCCGACGCCCUCGAAGCGCGAGCCGCACCUCCUCCCCGAGCCCCCCCCCCCCCCCUUCUUUCUUGAGGCGUACAAGAGCUUCAACAAGGGCAUCGAGCAGCUCCUCAACGAGGGCGCGGUGCAGCAGCUGCUCGAGCGCGGCGACACGGGCGGCGGCGUGCCCAUCCUGGCGGCGGUGGGGCCGCUGCAGCUCGAGGUGGUCUCGUCCCGGCUGAGCUCCGAGUACAGCGUCGAGGUGCAGUACGAGAUGAUGCCGCAGACGCAGGCGCGGUGGGCGAUGGCGGGGUGGGAGGAGGUGGACGCGGUCCUCUCCGAGCGGAAGCUGCUCAACGUCAAGACGCUCGAGGACGUGUACGGCAGGCCGGUGCUCCUCUUCACGUCCGGCUGGACGCUCGACAACGCCGUCGCCGAGGUGGGCGAGCGGCUCCAGCUGCGGCCCUACGCGCUCGCCCCCGACGUGCAGGAGCGUAGGCGGAAAAAGUGA